CAAAGCAUUUCAAAAUCAUUAGCAUAGCAAAGAGCACCAACUACUCUAAUUUAUUUUCAUCAAGUUUUUCUCAUCAGCUUUGGUUAAAACCAUGGCUUAUAUUGGUUUGUCGAACACCAUUUUUCCAUUUGUGAUACUAGCUAUCUUAUUAUCAAGAAGUAACACAAUGGUUGCCGGGGCACGCAAUCUUCUAGAUUCAAACAUACCUCAGCUUCCAAAAUUUGAUUUGCCAUCUCUACCAAAGCUCGAGGUUCCUACGAUUCCUGAAUUACCUAAGCCAGAAAUUCCUAAGGUACCUGAAUUACCAAAACCAGAGUUGCCUAAAGUGCCUGAAUUUCCAAAGCCCGAGCUACCUAAGUUUAAUGUUCCAGAAUUUCCAAAACUUGAGCUUCCUAAAGUCCCUGAAUUGCCUAAGUUCCGUGAAUUGUCCAAACCUGAUCUACCUAAAGUCUCUGAGUUGUUUAAGGAAGAAAUUCCGAAAGUACCCGAAUUGCCAAAGCCUGAAUUACGAAAGUUUAAUGUCCCUGAAUUGCCAAAACCAGAGGCUCCUAAAAUCCCUGAAUUGCCAAAACCCGAUUCACCUAAAGUCCCUGAGUUGCCUAAGCCAGAAAUACUCAAGGUACCUGAAUUGCCAAAACCUGAGCUACCUAAAUUUAAUGUCCCUGAAUUACCAAAACCUGAUAUACCUAAAGUCCCUGAAUUACCAAAACCUGAGCCACCUAAAAUCCCUGAGUUACCUAAGCUAGAAAUACCUAAGGUACCUGAAUUGCCAAAGCCAGAACUGCCUAAGGUGCCUGAAUUGCCAAAACCUGAAUUACCUAAAUUUAAUGUCCCCAAAUUACCAAAACCUGAGUUACCUAAAUUUCCUGCAUUUCCUAAAGUUGCUCCAACCACCACUCCAUAAGUUGGAACUAAUCCUUUCAUUGCAUUGUCUCAAGUAAUUUAUAAUUUUCUCCUAUAUACGGUAGUUCCUAGUUCAUGUUGUAUGAUGUGUUUGAUAUGAUUUAUACAACUUUUCAAUUCAGUAUUUUAUGUUGUAGACUACAACCAUAUAUAGGGGAGAGACUGUUAUGGUUUAGUUUGAACCGUAUACAGAUUACUUUUAGUUUUAGCCACUUUAAAUUGAUUGUACUACUAUUUACUUAUAAUGUGUGUGUUGUUGCAUUUAA